AUGACAGGGCACCUACUUGUUAAGAGUGAUGUUUACAGUUUUGGGGUUGUGCUUCUGGAGCUUUUAACAGGAAGAAAACCUGUGGAUAUGUCCCAACCUCAGGGACAGGAAAAUUUAGUGACUUGGGCGCGGCCUCGACUGACCAGUAGAGAAGGUGUAGAACAGUUGGUGGAUCCUUCCUUGGCUGGAACAUAUGAUUUUGAUGACAUGGCUAAGGUGGCAGCCAUUGCUUCCAUGUGUGUUCACCCAGAAGUGACUCACAGACCUUUUAUGGGUGAAGUUGUGCAGGCUCUGAAGCUGAUAUACAAUGACACAGAUGAAACUGGUGGGGAUUGCUGUAGUCAAAAGGAGUCUUCUGCCCCAGAAUCCGACUUUAAAGGGGAUUUUGCCCCUUCUGAUAGCAGUUGGUGGAAUGCUGGUGGGGUAACCCCUCGCUUAACUUAUGGGCAGGCCUCUUCUUUUAUCACAAUGGAGUAUAGUUCUGGCCCACUCGAAGAGAUGGAAAACAGGCAGUUUUCGACUUCGAGUUUGGUUGGAGAUGGAACAUCUUUGCCAAUAAAACAUGGUAACAGAUCAGGUCCCUUGAGAACGGUCCGAAGCAAGCCAAGCUUUUAUAGAUUAAGAGGGAGCAUGAGCGAGCAUGGAGGACUCCUUCCAAGGCGAGAUUGGAGUGACGCCAAUUGGUUCAAAAGGGACGGGGCUUUUCAGAAAGCGGUCAACUGUAGUCUAGCAUUCGGGGAUUCUGGAGUCUCCACGUACGAUGAGAGGCCGAGAGCUGACCAUGGCUUCUUAUUUUGA